UAGACUUUUAUUUAAAAUUUACUAAAUUACAAUUCCUUCAAUGCUAAGAUUUUUACAAUUAGUUUCCUAUAAAAAUUAGAAACAAAUGGCUAUAUUACAUAGAGCUUUGUUCACGUGGUUCAUUUUUCUUGUUUUUCUUAUACUGCUGUGUCUUCGACUAGAGUCAAAAACACAUUGGAAUUGGUUUAUAGUUUUUAUCCCUAUGUGGGUUUAUGAUAGUAUAUUGUUAAUUUAUGUCUUAUUUCAUAUGAUUUCCCACUGUAGAAAUGGCAUUGAAAGAUUUCGUGGAACAAUCAACAAAAAUGUUUGGUACAUAGCAGCAAUAGGAUUAAAAAUGGCUGCUCAAAUAAUUACUUGCAUUAAAUUAGAAUAUACGAAAGUAAAUUUACCUAUUUAUGUAGUUAUGACACCUGUGUGGAUGCUACUGCCAGUUCUAUGUGUUGAGGUAUUCAUGCAUCUAAUAAAACAUUCAAGUGCAAGUAGCAGAUACUGAAAGAAAAUUCAGUAGGUAAUGCUUUUAUGGUUAUUGAACUGAAGGACAGUUUGUUCUAUUAAAAGUAUCACUAAAAUACAACAUGUGACUUCAUACUUUAGAUAAUUUUAAAACUUGGCACUCAUUCAUACACUGUUACGAUGUUAUGUCAAUCUCCAUUAGAGGCAAGAUACCUGUAGAGUUAUUUAUUUUAGCCCAUUUUAUUAUAUUAAGUAAAUAAUGGCUCUAAGUGAUACUUUAGUCAAGAGCUUGGAGGUGAAAGAAGUCCAGGCAGGAUCCACUGCUGUUUUGAACUGUAAUAGCAAUGAUUAUGACCACAAUUUCAUGUUUUGGCUGUUGGAUCUAAAUAAAGUAAUAGGCCCUGGCAAUGCCCAUGAUGACAAGAAGUACAAAUAUGAAGUUUUGUCAGGAAAACUAUUCAUUAAUAGUGUUUCUCCUUCGGAACAAGGUUUUUACACUUGUGUGUCAAAAAAGAUAAAUGGCUCUGGUUUCACAAUUGGGAAUGUGGAAAUGAUCGUGAAAAACGCUUUCUCAGCAGUAGAUGUUGUGAAGUUAGUAGCAAUUGUGGCCUCUAUAAUUGUAUUAAUUACUUGUGCCAUAAUUUACUUCAGAUUGAAAAAAGAAUGGGCCAAGUAUGAGAAAAGAACUGUUGUUCCAGUGGAUGAUCCUGAGGAUGAAGAUGCCGAAGAGGUUUAUAAUCCCACUACUACAGUUAAUCAAGCAGUAGCAGGUCCUAGUAGAAAUCACUCUUCCGAUCAGCUUCUCUAUGGAAUAGAUAAUCAAGGAUUAGACACUGAUUUUAAUUCGGUAUUUGAAAAUAUACAAAUCAAAUAUCCACCUCAAUCAAGCCUAAUUUAA